CAAUAUUAUCAUCACUAUCAUCCUCUAAAAUCUCGACCUUUCAAUCAGCCGAUCUCUACCGUCCAUUCACCCCUCUUCUUCGUCGCGUCAUGCCCUCCUCCAUCUCUUCCGCCGUGGUCCGAUCUCUCUCUUGUCUCCUUCUCCUCUUCCUUCUCUCUCCUUCUCUCGCCUCCGAAUCCGAUCACAGGUAUCGAACAGAUGAUCCUGUUACUCUUUGGGUAAAUAAAGUUGGCCCUUAUAACAAUCCGCAAGAAACAUACAACUAUUACAGCCUUCCAUUUUGCCAUGCGACUGGUAAUCCUGCUCACAAAUGGGGUGGGCUUGGUGAGGUCUUGGGAGGGAAUGAACUUAUUGAUAGUCAGAUUGACAUAAAGUUCCAGAGGAAUGUUGAUAAAAAUGUCAUCUGUCAAUUGGAACUUGAUGAAGCAAAGGUCAAACAAUUCAAAGAUGCAGUUGAGAACAGUUAUUGGUUUGAAUUUUUCAUGGAUGAUCUGCCUUUAUGGGGCUUUGUCGGUGAUCUGCAUCCUGAUAAGAACAGUGAUAUUGGCAAGCAUGUCUUGUACACCCAUAAGAAUAUUAUUGUCAAAUACAAUAAAGAUCAGAUUAUUCAUGUUAAUCUUUCUCAAGAGAACCCAAAGCCUCUAGAAGUGGGGAAUAAUUUAGACAUGACAUACUCUGUCAAAUGGAUGCCAACCAAUGUCACUUUUGCACGGAGAUUUGAUGUUUACUUGGACUACCCUUUCUUUGAGCACCAGAUCCAUUGGUUCUCCAUUUUCAAUUCCUUUAUGAUGGUUAUCUUCCUCACUGGUUUGGUGUCAAUGAUAUUGAUGCGAACUCUUCGAAAUGACUAUGCCAAAUAUGCUCGUGAAGAUGAUGAUCUGGAGACUUUGGAAAGGGAUGUGAGUGAAGAGUCUGGUUGGAAACUUGUUCAUGGUGAUGUUUUCAGGCCUCCUCGCAAUUUGGUUGUGCUUUCAGCUGUUGUUGGUACAGGUGCACAGCUGGCAUUGCUUGUUCUCCUCGUUAUUCUAAUGGCAAUUGUGGGGACGUUGUAUGUCGGGAGAGGAGCAAUUGUCACUACUUUUAUUGUAUGCUAUGCUCUUACAUCAUUCAUUUCUGGUUAUGUGAGCGGUGGGAUGUACUCACGUCAUGGGGGUAAAAAUUGGAUAAAGUCAAUGAUCCUCACAGCCUCCCUUUUCCCAUUUAUGUGCUUUGGGAUUGGAUUUGUUUUGAACACAGUUGCUAUUUUCUACGGAUCGUUAGCAGCUAUUCCCUUUGGCACAAUGGUGGUUGUCUUUGUGAUUUGGGCUUUUAUUUCUUUCCCUCUGGCUCUUCUUGGUACAGUUGUUGGAAGAAACUGGAGUGGUGCUCCAAAUAAUCCAUGUCGUGUGAAGACUAUUCCUCGUCCAAUCCCUGAGAAGAAAUGGUAUCUCACCCCGUCUGUGGUCUCAAUGAUGGGAGGGCUGUUACCUUUUGGCAGCAUCUUUAUCGAGAUGUAUUUUGUCUUCACGUCCUUCUGGAAUUACAAGGUGUACUAUGUCUACGGCUUUAUGCUGUUGGUUUUUCUGAUUCUUAUCAUUGUAACUGUUUGUGUGACAAUUGUGGGAACAUAUUUCCUAUUAAAUGCCGAGAAUUAUCACUGGCAGUGGACAUCAUUCUUCUCUGCAGCCUCAACAGCUGUCUAUGUGUACCUGUACUCGAUAUAUUACUACUACGUGAAGACUAAAAUGUCUGGCUUCUUCCAGACUAGCUUCUAUUUUGGAUACACUUUGAUGUUUUGCCUUGGCUUAGGAAUCCUGUGUGGAGCUGUUGGUUAUCUUGGUUCCAAUUUGUUCGUGAGGAGGAUUUACAGAAACAUCAAGUGUGACUAAAGUGUUGUCAAUGAAAAUUAGACCCGGUUCUUCCCUGAGCAAUUUUUGAUUGUUGACACAAUAAAAAAUAUCAAGAGGAAGCAUCGGGGCUGUAUUUGGUGGGGACCUUCAGGCAUUUACAGAUGAAAAUCACAGGGAUAGUGGAUGGGGGGAUGUAAUUCUUAAACUAGAUGAAAGAGGUAGCCCUGAGGUUUUUCUAAUUUUUUUUUCCCUGGCUGUAGGUGAAAGCCUUUAUUUAGAAGAAAGUCAGAGACUGAUUUGAUAAUGUGGGAAGCUAGUAGCAAUGUGUUAGGGACAACUACCUUUUAUAUCAUUUUUAUUUUUCUGUUCUUCCCAUUACAAUAUUAUAGGUGCCUCUUUUGUAAGGAAUGUCUAGUUUUCACUUUAAUAUGUUUUGUUUGCAUA